UGUUUUUCUGGAUGUUUUUCUCUCCAUAGAGCAGCCAGGCACUGGAAAAAGUGAAAGGCGUUUUUCGAUGCGUUUCCGCGAAUUUUUGAGACGACCCACCUGUUCAACAACUUGUGCCUUACACAUACGCAUGUGCGACCAAGAAGAGGUACCGGGACACCGACUGUCUGUGCUCUCUGGGGUUGAGUUCUGAAAGGCAUCGUCACGUCAGAUGAAAGGCGCUAGAACCCCCCCAACAAAGACUGGAGUUCAGGACAUUUUCAUUUCUACGCUUUCAAGUACCCUCCGAGUCUUACAUCUUCUCGAUUCUACCCUCUCGAAGCCGGUCCUGCCGGCGGUACGCUUUCCCUAGUUCGCCGUCGAAAAGCGGAGCGUUGUUUUCUGGGUGACGUGGAUGAGAUUUUGGAACCUCCUUCUCCGUCAUGUCUGCAAAUCAGUUUGAAAGGAAGUUUCCUCGUCUCUCGGCCCUGUCCUGUUGUGAUGCUGACGCCCGGAAAAGUCGAGUCUCCUCAGCUUCUCUCAAAAAACCGUCCCGGCGGUGACCGUUGACUAGGCGCGGACAUCCGGGGAACGUGUCGAUUCAUCUGUGCGUUGUCUUUCUUUUCGCUUCAUUGUGGCCAUAAAAGGGCGCCCUUUUUCCUCAACUCUUCGGUCGCGCGACUCUGCGGACGCCGAAAUUCAGUUGACUGGACCGGCGUUUUCGAUCGGAAAAGAAAUCGAAAAGUCAAGCGCCGUCGCUUCAGCCUACCCAGACAGCCUCGUCCUCAAAGAUGACGAGAGGUCGACACAAGCGAGCCCGAGACGAGAGUCUCUCCAGCGAGUCUCGGAGCCGCCACGCGUCCCGAUCACGCAGCCCCGAAGACUUCAGAGAGGAGGAGAUCAGACACCGGGAAGGAGAGCAGCCGCUCCUCUUUACUCCAGAGCCGCGACGAGAGCGAGCGCCUCCGAGAAACGCGAACACAGAGUGGCAAGAUAAAAUCAGUCGAGCAAUCGGAAAAGACCGGCCGGUCACAGAGGCCAUGCGGGAGAAGUGGGCGAAGCAGCGAGAGCGACGUAUCUACAUCACCUCUCUGAAAGUCCCCGUGUCUGAGGAAGAGCUCAGAGCCGUUUUCCAGUCCUUCGGGGAAAUUAAGCAAGUCUACAUUCCCCCUAGAGAGGACGAGAAGAAACGGACGACGUACGCGCUGAUGGAUUUCGCUACGCUCGAGGCUGCGCAAACGGCUGUACAGGCUAUGAACAAUUUCCGGUUCAAAGGGCAACGCAUUCAAGUGGCGCAUGCAUCCCCUGCGAUGGGACAUCAUGCUUCGAGAGAGGCGCAGAAGGACGAAGGACCGAAGCGUGUGUCUGUGUCGAAGCGAGCUGCGACUCCGUCAACUGGUCUCUUCGGUGUGGCGACGUACCAGCAGUUCGCGACUCGCGCCGAGUCAGAGGACUUGGCGAACCCUCUCAGUGGAUCGAAAGUCGUCAAAGUCACGAAUCUGCCGGAGGGAUUUUCUGAGGCGGAAGUGAAGCAAGUUUUUGACGUCUUCGGGUCUAUCACAACUCUCGAUCAUUUUCCUCAUCGUCGAGAGGCUUAUGUUCACUUCUUUGAAAAGAGCCAUGCCAACACUGCAGUCGCCACAAUGCACGGCUUCGACGUCGGAGGAAAUACUCUCCACGUGACUCUGGAUGCUCGGAACGGCGAUGCCCCUUCGACGUUGAUCGUUUUGAAAAACCUCAUGGAGGUUGCUGAGCUCGACGACGACGUAAAAGAUGAGAUCUAUCAAGAAUGUCUCAAACACGGAAAAGUUGUGGAAGUGCGUAUUCACGUCGUCGCGAGUACGCAGGAGGUUCGCGCCUUCGCGCUCUAUCAGUUGCCGGAACAGGCGAACAGAGCGGUGCGCGUUUUGAACGAACGCAGUUUCGCUAAGAGAAAAGUGAAAUGCGAGUUGUACGACAUGGCGGCGUACUCCCAGAGGCGCUACGAACUGUAGGGUCCCCCGAACGCCCCGCAGUUCAGCAAUGGCAACUUCACUUUCUCGGCGCACAAGGACCAGCUCAGCGUCCCCUUUCUUCUGCACGAAGAAGAUCCGCCAGUCCUUUUUUCUUUGGUCCAUUUUUCCUGCGGACCUGUUCCUUCCAGGGACAGACCAAGUCGCGAAAUCUUCGGCGAACAACACGGCUGGUGUCUCGGUACCUUUUGCGUCUUUUUUCCUUGCCCAUCUCGGCAGAGAGCUCGAAACUCAGAAGGUCUCUCCAGGGACGUUGCAUAACAAGCGACAGGCUGCUUUCCUUGACGAGUUGCUUAUCUCGUUUGGUUGCCUCUCUCCUUUAUUGUCCAAUUCGUGGGCGUGUGUCGAGUUGUACGUGAUUCCUUCCCGCUUUUUUCUCGACUUUCGCGCCUCUCCUGCUCCAUCACUCUCUGCCCCAGGGACCCGUCUGGACCCUUGGAUGCCUGCUUUGUGUCCACGACUUUGUUUUUUAAGAAAGCCGCUCUUCGCUGCCCUUCUUGCUUUCUGAACUGUCUUCUGUCUUGCGGAGUUUCUUCGUCUUCGUCCUCUCUCUCGUGUUCUGCUUCCUCGAGUCCUGUGAAUCGAAAUUCAAGGAACGCGGAGGAGGCUGCUGCUUUCGCUGGUCGCACCGAUGAAACGUGGUUGACCUCUCUGCAGGGUCUGCUGAUUUUUUUUGUGUUGUGGGUGCGGUGGAAAGUCCUGUUGUUUUGGAGAGCGACGAUUUGUCGACGACGGACGUCCGAGUUUCCUCGUCAAUGAGUGAGUUCUUUGUCACACAUGUCGGCGCGCGACACCCCUACGAGAAGACAUUCUAGGCGAGCGGCGUUUUUGGAGAAAAACAGCUUUUUCCCCAUAGACCUCAAACCACAUUUGCAUUUCCUUUGACCGC